UCCCCCCUCGAAUCUGAUCCCCAAAACAGAACCAACGCAUUUCAACUGAUAUACUCUUCUCAGAAGAACAAGAGAGAGAAUCUAGAGAGAGAGGCAGAGUGAAGAUGGGAUUAGGGCUGUUAGCUUCUCGAGCUCUCCGAUCGUCCAGAAUCCUCACAUCCCCGAACCCUAGACACACUAUCCUCCGCCAAAUCGUCUCGACGCCCGAGCUCCAGAACCCCGAAGCAGCCCAAGCGCAGCCGGAAUCCCCGCCGCCCGAUCUCCAUCACAGAACUCCGGUGGCCGGAGCUAGGGUCCACUUCUCGAACCCAGAAGACGCGAUCGAGGUGUUUGUCGAUGGAUACCCCGUGAAAAUCCCCAAGGGCUUCACUGUUUUACAGGCGUGUGAGGUUGCUGGCGUUGACAUUCCCAGGUUUUGUUACCACAGCCGUUUGUCAAUCGCCGGUAACUGCCGCAUGUGCCUUGUUGAGGUCGAGAAGUCGCCCAAGCCCGUCGCUUCUUGCGCCAUGCCUGCUCUUCCAGGGAUGAAGAUUAAGACGGAUACACCAAUUGCAAAGAAAGCACGGGAGGGGGUGAUGGAGUUUUUGUUGAUGAAUCAUCCGUUGGAUUGCCCCAUUUGUGAUCAGGGUGGAGAGUGUGAUCUCCAAGAUCAAUCUAUGGCUUUCGGAUCUGAUCGGGGCAGAUUUACAGAAAUGAAGAGAUCUGUAGUUGACAAGAAUUUGGGUCCAUUAGUUAAGACUGUUAUGACUCGAUGCAUUCAGUGUACAAGAUGUGUCAGGUUUGCAUCUGAGGUAGCUGGUGUUCAAGAUCUUGGCAUGUUAGGUCGUGGCAGUGGGGAAGAAAUCGGGACUUAUGUUGAAAAACUAAUGACAAGUGAACUUUCAGGGAAUGUAAUAGAUAUCUGUCCUGUAGGAGCCCUCACCUCGAAACCUUUUGCCUUUAAAGCCCGCAAUUGGGAGUUAAAGGGAACAGAGACCAUUGAUGUUACUGAUGCAGUUGGUUCCAACAUCCGUAUUGACAGCAGAGGCCCAGAGGUCAUGCGCAUUCUUCCACGCUUGAAUGAGGAUAUUAAUGAGGAAUGGAUAUCAGACAAAACACGGUUCUUUUAUGAUGGGUUGAAGAGGCAGAGACUAAAUGACCCUAUGAUUCGUGGUGCUGAUGGACGGUUUAAGGCUGUGAGCUGGCGUGAUGCUCUCGCUGUAGUUGCUGAGGUCAUCCAUCAAGUUAAACCAGAAGAAAUUGUAGGGGUUGCUGGCAAGCUGUCUGAUGCAGAAUCUAUGAUGGCGCUUAAGGAUUUCUUAAACCGAAUGGGAUCCAAUAAUGUCUGGUGUGAGGGAAAUGGCAUGCAUCCAAAUGCAGAUUUGCGAUCAGGAUAUCUCUUGAAUAGUGGCAUCAGUGGUCUUGAGAAAGCAGAUGCUUUCCUUUUGGUUGGUACUCAGCCAAGAGUUGAAGCUGCUAUGGUGAAUGCCAGAAUUCGUAAGACAGUCCGAGCAACUGAAGCCAAAGUGGGCUACAUUGGUCCCCCAACUGAUCUCAACUACAACCACCAACACCUUGGCACAAGCCCUCUAACCCUAAAAGAAAUUGCUGAGAACCGACACCCCUUUUGCUCAACCCUCUCAAAUGCCAAAAACCCUUCCAUCAUUGUCGGUGCUGGAAUCUUCGAAAGGAAAGAUAAGGAUGCAAUCUUCUCUGCCAUUGAAACCAUUGCGAAAAAUUGCAAAGCUAUUCGCCCAGAUUGGAAUGGUGUCAACGUAUUGCUUCUAAAUGCUGCCCAAGCCGCCGCCCUCGACCUCGGACUAGUCCCGGAAUCGAAUAAAUGCAUUGAAUCUGCAAAGUUCUUAUAUUUAAUGGGUGCCGAUGAUGUCAGCUUGGAGAAGCUUCCAAGCGAUGCGUUUGUCGUUUACCAGGGUCACCAUGGUGACCGCGGGGUAUACCGUGCAAACGUCAUUUUCCCAGCAUCGGCAUUUACUGAAAAAGAGGGGACCUACGAAAAUACUGAAGGGUGUGCCCAACAAACCCUUCCUGCAGUUCCUACAGUUGGUGAUGCUAGGGAGGAUUGGAAGAUAAUUAGGGCUUUGUCUGAGGUGGCCGGGGCUCGUCUGCCAUACGAUACAGUCAGUGGGGUCCGGUCACGGAUGAGGGCCGUGGCGCCAAAUCUGUUGCGCGUGGAUGAGAGAGAAGCAGCUACUUUUUCUCCUUCUUUGUCGAAACCAGAGAGUCGACAGGAGAUUAGUUCAGAGCCAUUUGGGAAUGCUGUGGAGAAUUUCUAUAUGACCGACGCGAUUACUAGGGCAUCAAAGAUAAUGGCACAGUGCAGUGCAAUGCUCUUGAAGAAGUAGCUAAUGUAAGUCAUUGUAAUAAAUGUUCGGAUUCGGUGUUUGUGCUCCAGUAAUUUAAGUUUUGAGAUGUGUUAACAAUUUUUUCAAUACUGAAAAGAGAAACCUGUUUCUCUGAAUUGUACUGCCAUGGUGGACUCGCUGCUCAUAAAUGGCAACUUUUGGUCUAUGGUUUAUAAAACACCCUGUAAUUUGCUAUGGGGCUGUUUGGUUAAUCAACAAUUUCUGUCGAUCUGUA